AGUGUGUGUGUGUGUGUGUGUGUGUGUGUGUGUGUGUGUGUUGCCUUGUCUUUCGUUGUACAUAUGCUUAUGCAGUGUGUGUGUGUGUGUGUGUGUGUGUGUGUGUGUGUGUGUGUGUGUGUUGCCUUGUCUUUCGUUGUACAUAUGCUUAUGCAGUGUGUGUGUGUGUGUGUGUGUGUGUGUGUGUUGCCUUGUCUUUCGUUGUACAGAUGGUGAUGCAGUGUGUGUGUGUGUGUGUGUGUGUGUUGAAAAUGUACGUAAGAUGAUAUAUAAAUCUUUCAUUUACAACCACAAAAUGGUGAGUAAUGUUGAGAAGGAAGAAGAAAGGAAGAUUAUGAGGAAGAAGAGGAGGAAGAAGAGGAGGAAUAGGAUUUAAAUGAAGGAAAAUAACAGGGACAAAGUUUUAAAUCAUAUUAUUCGUUAUUUCUUUCUUUAUUCAGUAUUUCCUUAUUCCUUUCUUUAUUUUCGUUUACUUCCUCCUCUUAUCCCUUUUCUGCCAGAGGAGGAAGGAGAAGAAAGGAGGAUGAGGGUGAGGAAGACGAGGAAGAGGAAGAGGAUUAAAUUUCUUUCAUCUUUCUUAGACAGUCCUCAGGAUGUCAACAUUGUAUAAUGGUACAGUGUUGAGACAGGGACGGUCGCGUUAUAAUUCACUAAUUGAGGUUACUUUUGAUAAAUAAACAACUAGUACGGAGUCUUUUAAGUAUUUUACAGUAUCUUAUACCGGAAAAUAUUAAGGAAAAGUGGCGUAAAUAAGAAAAAAAAGGCAAAGAUUAGAGAUGUGGGAUUUUAUAACUUGUGGUAUCUUAAAAUACUAAUAUAAGAUAAACCCUAUGCAAAACGAAUAAUAUAACCUUUAUUAAUCAUCAUAACCUAGAAAACCGAUAAAUAUAUAUAUAUAAAAACCAGUGUAAUUAGUAAAAAACAAAAAAACUGUCCUUGGAAGUGAGACGGCCCACAGAGUCGCGCCAAAAACGUGGAUCUACAGGCCAGGCAUCUUAUGUUUAACCAGGUGUACAAGGUGCUGGCUUUCAAGGGCUCCUCCACACCUACAGACACACGCACACACCACCAGAUACAGGAAGAAUUAAUUGAUGAGCUACAGAACUACAGCAUCGUUCAGGUGGCAGCCGGAGACCAGCACUCUCUUGCUCUCACCUCCUGGGGCCUGGCGAUAAACAGUGCACACGCGGGACUGAGUCACUCGGUAAACACAGUGCAGCGGGCCGCGGGUGGCGCCAAGCAGUGCGCUGUGGUGGCCAGGGGACAGAGUAUGCCUUGUGCGGGAAUUUUAAUCGAUUUUAUCUACGCACGGGGUGACAAUGGGUACGGUCAGCUUGGCGUCAACUCCUGCGACAGUCACACCGCCACACGCAAGCUUGUCAAGAGUCUGGCCAGGAAGGUGACAGUGCAGCUGGCCUGUGACGCCAACCACACCCUUGCCUUGACUGCUGGUGGGUGUCUGUAUAUGGUGACAAAAUACCUUGGGCCAGUUGGCACUUAGACACUGACAGGGGCCCCAGAAGGACCCUGCCCUGGUGACCUCCUUGGCUGGCACCCUCUUAGUCCUGCUGGCCGCUGCGGGUCACCACUCUGCUGCCGUGACCCAGGCCGGCUACCUGCUGUUGUGGGGGUCAAACAAGCAGGGUCAACUGGGCUAUACUCCCAAGGGUGAUCCUCUUGUUAGUGACACCCCAGCGUUGGUGCCGAAUUUGGCCUCUUAUUCUGAACCAAUUGGGUAUGUGGCACUAGGGGAGAGCCACACAGCGGCACUCGACUCUUUAGGGAAGUCUUUCAGCGUGUCAUGUCCGCUCAGUUCACUUCACCAGUAGCAGCGGCGGUGAGAGGUCAAGGUGCAGGUCUUGUGGCUUGACGCAGCUCUUGAAGGAAUUUAAAUGGCUCCUCCUUGGCCAAUCAGCACCGAGGCAGAGUUGAUUGAUGUACAGGUGUGAAUUCAGCUGCCUCCUUGCUGUUCCCGUUGCCAGGAUACCAUGUGAUCGAGGCAGUGUUGGGGAAGGUGAAAUUAUGCAUCAGGUGUGACGUGUGCUGCUUCACUCCAUCCCAUGAACAGUUGCCCACAGGAAUCUCUACCACAUCAGGCCUGACAUACUUCAUUGUGAUCAGGGAGUCGAGUUUCAUCAGGAAGAGAGGCUGUGUCACUACCUGUAAGCCUGACGAGGUGUUAGUUAAGUCAAGGAGCGUCAUCAGGAAGAGGGGCCGAGUCUUGCUACCUGUAAGCCUGACAAGAGGAGUCAAGGAAUUUUUCAUUGCAAUCAAGGAAGAGUCAAGUUGUAAGAAGAUUGUAAGGCAAGAAUUUUAAGCAGGAAUAAUUGUCAAGCAGUCAACAGCAGGAAGAAUGCAGCGAGAAAAGGGUACAAGAGUUUUCAAGUAAGAAGAUUGUAAGGCAAGAAUUUUGAGCAGGAAGGAUAUUGUUAAGCAGUUUAGCAGCAGGAAGAGUCCCUUCAAGCUGUUGGUGGGAGUGACAAGCAUCCUUCAGGACUUGCAAAGGCUGAAGUCCUCAACACUAGUCUCACUCAAGUUGACACAGGAGCUCUCUGACACAAGGAAAACAAAUCAUUUAUCCUAUUGUGUAUUUAUUAAACUUUUGUGAUUAAACAAUAUAUAUAUUA